GUUUGAGAGAGAGAGAGAGAGAGAGAGAGAAAGAGACAGACAGAGCGGAGAAUACAUUUUUCAGUAAUAUUCUCACCCAAAGCUUCUUCCAUCCACAGAAGGUGAAGACAGAAGUAUAUAUGUCAUAUCCUGUCCAGAUGUGGAAGCUGGGCUCCAUCUUCAUCAUCUCAGCCAUCUUCAUCCUCACGGCUCCCUGUGUGUUCUGCUCCACCUGUGGUGCCCAUGAGUAUCCAACAGGCCCACACACAUGCUGUCCUAUGUGUGAAGCAGGAUCCUAUGUGUUCAGACACUGUGAGAAGUCCAACCCAACGGUUUGUGAACAAUGUCCCACUACAACGUUUACAGAUGAGGAAAAUGGACUGCUGCGGUGCAAGUCCUGCACAGUCUGUGACUCAAAAGCCGGGUUAAAGGUUAGGAGGGCGUGUAGCCCAACAUCAGACACACUCUGUGAGCCUCUGGAAGGUCACUGGUGUACUGACCCCAUCGAAGAUGGCUGCCUAAGAGCUGUGGAACACACCAAGUGCUCACCAGGGCAAUACGUCAAAGAUAAAGGUACAGCCUAUUGUGAUACGAGAUGUGAGACCUGUGGGUAUGGCACAGUCUCAGAUGGGUCUUCGACUUCCUGCAGGUCACACACACAACAUGACACAGACAUGGAAGAACAUCGAACGAAGAGAGUUGCUUCAUUUUCAGUUGAUGAUUGUGACAAUGUCAAAACUGGCACAGCCAUUGCCUUUGUCAGUUUCAUAGCUACCUUGAUUUUCACUUGGAAGUCUGGGAACAAACAGCAAACAGGAGUCAGCAGCCACUCCUGCUCCACACCCUGA